AAUAUUUUUUUGGAUUAAAAUAUUUUUUUUCUCAGUGAUAUAAUAUUAUCGUUUUAUUAGGUUUGUCAAUGUAAUGAAUUCGAUGUAUGGAACGGUGGCAUUAAUUAUGCCAUUGGUGACUGGUGCGGUUAUAAGUCUGGUUGGAGUUCGAAUGGUUGUAUAUGGAUUAAAUCAGUUAGAACAAGUAAUGAGAUUUGGGCUUUCAAUCAUAGGCAUGUUAAUGCAUUUUCUGAUCCUAUGUUAUUCUGGUCAAAAGCUAAUGGACGAAAGUCAGAAUGUAUUUUAUCGAGCGUAUGCUGCAAAAUGGUAUACAUUCUCACCAAGAUUAAAAUCGCUCUUGAUUAUAACUCUUUACAGAAGCUUUAAACCGUGUGGUUUAACAGCUGGUAACAUAUUUUCAUUAUCAAUGGCGACUUAUGCUGCAGUAAGUACGAAAAUCUUCAAUUUUUAUUUGUGAUAUACAGAAGACAAUUUAUGCUGAUAUCUGUAUUUGAUUUAAGGUGAUACGGAUAGGCAUAUCCUACUUCAUGACAUUCUUAUCACUUAAAGAUUAAGUAGCUCCAUACAUUUUGUAGUUUGUUCUUAAUUCUACUAGAAUUAAAUUUGAGCGAUUGUGUUACAAUUUUGCCAAGUGUUCCGAUUGGGAACACCUUAAAUUUCGCUUAUUGUUAGAUACAAAAAACACUUUAAAAUCGAUUGCAUCUACAUUUAUUCACUGGCACAUUUCAUAAUGUAGGUAAAUGAAAUAUGUAAUUGAAAUAUGGAUUCUCAAAACAGAUUAUCAUUCAUUUCCUCCUUUAUUCAUAAUCAUUAAUUUUCAAUUAAUCUUUUCUGAAAUCAAUACCUAUCUAAAAUAAAAAUGAGAGAGUCUUGGGAAUCAAAUCUAAGACUCACCUACUAUUAACCCUUCGUGCGCCUGGUUGAGUUUGACCGACCCACUAGAGUGCUUUGGAAGAUAUAACUUCGUAAUCGCGGGAACGCUGGUGGCCUGAGUGUUUUAUAACUGCUGUUUACAUGUCGUGCUCGCACUAUUUUAUA